UACGCUACUUCGAAGACUGCUUGCGAUGCAAUGAGGGAUGUGACGAGCAGCCGCUGACCACCCCGAUGCUGCUAUAAAUACGUAUGUCAUCGUUUGUCCGAACGUCAGUCUUGUUUGCGACACGUUUACCGGUACACAAAGCCAUAUUAAACAGAAAAUGGCUGUCAAGUUUACAAUCUUGGCUGUAGCAAUGCUUGCGAUAUGCAGAGGCGCCGUCAUACCAUCAGCUUUCCCGGCCAUUCCAGCUGUUCCAACUGGUCCAGCUGUACCAGCCAUUCCAGCUACCUUGGCCGCACAACCGGUUUUUCCAGUUGCUGCAGUUGAUGCCACAAAUUACGAUCCUCAUCCUCAAUACAGUUACGCCUACAAUGUCCAGGAUGCAUUGACUGGUGAUGCGAAGAGUCAGCACGAGAGCAGAAAUGGUGACAUCGUCAGCGGCAGUUACAGUUUCAUCGAGGCUGAUGGUACCAGACGAAUCGUCGAGUAUACGGCUGAUCCUGUGAACGGCUUCAACGCUGUGGUCCGUCGAGAGCCUCUGGCAGUGGUGAAACCCGUCGUCGAGGUCGCCCCACCUCCACUCGUUUAUCAGCCCGUAUGUAUAAUUGUCCUAUCGACAGCUAGAAAGGCGAGGAAAAAGAGAAUGAGGGUCUUGCAGCGUGUUCGGGGUACACAGUUCCACGAUUUCGUCGAACGACCUCGAGGUCUCGAGUCUUCGGCAUAUUGGCAUCCAAGUCGCGUGUACGAACGGACAGCGCGACGACGUAUAAAAGUACGGACAAUCUUACCCCGAGGCAUCAGUCCUCUUCUGGUGAUCCUCUCGCGCGCAAACAUGGUCGACACGCUCUUUUUCUUUCUGGGACUGGCGGUGCUCGCUCGAGGGGCAGUGGUGCCUGCCGUGCCAGCGGCAGCAGCGGUGGUGCCUCUGGCGAAGCUGGAGGAGUUCGAUCCAGCGCCACAGUACAGCUUCGCGUAUGACGUGCAGGAUGCGGUGACCGGUGACUCCAAGGCCCAGUAUGAGACCCGCAACGGCGACAUCGUGCGCGGCAGUUAUAGCCUGAUCGAGGCCGACGGUACGCGUCGCAUCGUCGAGUACACCGCGGACCCGAUCAACGGCUUCAAUGCGAUCGUCAGCAGAGAACCGGUGGUCGCCGCCAUAGCGGCACCAGUGUUACCGCUCAGACCGGCCGCGUUGACUCCAGUUGGCAUACCGACAACACCCGCCGCUGCCCCGGCACCGUCGAUCCCCGCCGUCGGGCCCGAUUCCGACGUCGAGGUACUCGACACCCGGUCGGGUCCCUUAAAAGCGAAACCAACGACGCGCGAGCAAGAGAUCCAGCGUCAACAGUUGCAACAGUUGCAGCGGCUGCAGGAGCAACAGCACCAGCAACAGGAGCAGCAGCAGCUGCGACAAUUGCAGCAGCUGCAGGAGCAGCAGAGACAACGGUCGUCGAAAUUACAGAUCCAGAAGCAUCAACCACAAGAGCAGCAGCAGGAACAACAGACCGCGCAACAAUCCGCACGGAUCGUCGGACCGACGGCUGGACAAAUCGAGCGACAAGUCGCGAAUCCCCAAUUGAUCAAUCUUCCAGCUGCUGCCAGGGCGAUAGCCACGUACCCCGCUUACCCUUACGCCGCGUAUAGCGCCGCGUACUCUUCGCCGUUCGCCUACACUGCACCCCUCAACGGCCUGACUUACACCCCCGCCGCCGCGUUGACGUAAACUAUCCACGUAUCUACCUCGAAUUAUUAUUUCUCCGCACGAAAAAAAGAAAUAAAUAAAUUGGGUGGUACAGCAAACCUAUAACUUACUGCGCGAAUUCAACAUCUAACUAAGAAGAUUUGAUGGUUUAACAAAUCGCUAAUGUUAUUAUAUAUAAGCUAUAUAUAUAAGCUGUCAACUU